CCCACUGACCAAUAAGCACAGAGGCCUUUCUGUACCGUGUCGCUACUGUAGUCACGGCAGAUACGUGCCUUUGUGCGCAUCUAAGCCCCAAUGGCCUCCUAGCAGCUGCAGAACUCAGCGUUUCUGCACCGGGAACGGGCCAGCGCUGUUCGCGCUUACAGCUCGUCUCCAAAUGCGACCGGGGCUGGCAGGCAUAGCAGCGGAGAUGCUGAGCGGUGUCACCGGCAGGGCCAGGCCGAGGCUCGGCAGCCUCUUCCUCGCGCCCGCAACCAAAACAUUGCCGGCGCUGCAGUCAGGCACCGGGAAUCACAGAUUCCGAUCCACCUCUUCCGCGCAGGGCUUCUCGGAGCUGGCUAGAGAGCGGUCGAAGACCGUCACCUCGUUUUACAACCAGUCUGCCAUCGAUGUUUCGGCAGAGAAGGCUUCGGUGCGGCUGACUUUAGCCACCCUGCUGUAUUCUGGGAAGUCUCCGGACGGACACCACAUCUUGAGCAGUGGCAAGUACCUUCACAAGGAGCUGCCUGUGCGGAUCGCCCAUCGCAUCAAGGGCUUCCGCAGUCUGCCCUUCAUCAUCGGCUGCAACCCCACCAUUCUUCAAGUGCAUGAGCUGUACAUCAGGGCCUACCACAUGGUCAGUGACUUUCCCCAGAUCAAGGAUCAGGAAGUGGAGGCUCGGUUCUGUAAACUGGUGCAGCAGCUGCUGGACGACCACAAAGACGUGGUCACCAUGCUGGCCCAGGGCUUCAGGGAGUGCCGCAGACACAUCCAGGAUGAGACCAUCAUCAGGAGCUUCUUGGACACGACGCUGUGCUCCCGUCUGGGGAUCCGAAUGUUGGCCACGCACCAUCUUGCUCUUCAUGAAGAUAACCCGGAUUUCGUGGGGAUCAUAUGCAGACGCCUGUCGCCUAAAAAGAUCAUCGAGAAGUGGGUGGACUUCUCCAGACGUUUGUGUGAACACCAGUACGGAAACUCUCCGAGGGUCCGGAUCAACGGACACGUGGCGGCCCGGUUCCCCUUCAUCCCUCUGCCUCUGGACUACAUCCUGCCAGAACUCCUUAAGAACGCCAUGAGGGCCACCAUGGAGAGCCACCUGGACACGCCGUACAACGUCCCCGACGUGGUCGUCACCAUCGCCAACAACGACAUCGACUUUGUCAUACGGAUCUCUGACCGUGGAGGCGGCAUCCCUCACAGAAUCAUAGACAAAGUGAUGGACUACCACUUCAGCACCGCCGAGGAGAGCGUGCAGGACCCCCGCAUGAGCAACCUGUUCAACACCAUCACCAACAGCGGCAACCAGUCCAGCCCCAUGCACGGCUUUGGCUUCGGCCUGCCCACAUCCAGGGCCUACGCCGAGUACCUGGGCGGCUCUCUGUCCGUGCAGUCCAUGCAGGGCAUCGGCACGGACGUCUACCUGCGUCUGCGCCACAUCGACGGCAAAGGAGAGAGCUUCAGGGUGUAGAGCUGAUCCCCGUAGGUCCAAACGGAGGAAGCGGGCCGUGCCAGAUGGUUAUUUCCCAACAUAAAGGCAGCAGGGACAGCCGUCAGAUCUCCUUUGUUUCGCCUUUGACUGAUUAUAAGCUAUGUUAGCUCUCCAUUCAAUGAUUUCCCUUUUUUUUUUUGCGUUUUGUACCCUGUGGCAUGUCGUCUCAAAGCUUCGUCGGCUCAUGAAUCGUUGAUUGUUUUUUUUUUUUGUUUUAGGACAAACUGCAUGAUAAAGAGAGAGAGAGGGCAGGAGGAGGCUUCUUUUUAAGAAGUUUCUUUUUCAGAUGAACUGAUGUGACGGAUUUGUAAAUGAUUCUUGUUUCCAAAC